GCAAGCGAUCCCAAAUAAAAGUACAAGGCUCUGCCCUAACACCCUUGCAGAGUGUGUUGGCAUUGCCGUGUUUGCCCUUCGAUUCGGUCACAUGAUGCAUCAUUAUUUAUACCUGCUGACGGGACUUUCCUUCUUCAUUCAAUAUACUAUAGAGGGUCAGAUCUUCCCCUAAAUAUCCACCAUAGAGUACGCUCUCGUUAGGAUCACCGAUAUGCAUCUUCUGGAUCUACCACUUGAAAUAUUCCGCCAUAUUAUUAAGCUAUAUUUCAAUAGCAUACCAUUUGUGUUGGCUUAUGAUUUGAAAAAUGUUCAGCUUGUGAACAGGCUCUUUCAUCAAGAAGUGACACGAACUGCUUGCCAUAUGCUCCACCGCUUGGCUCUAGAAUAUUAUCCUGCUCACUCCCUCCAGCGCUGGGCAUCCAGCAAAUACGGUAAUAAUUAUCUCGGCCACACUAUCAAGAGUGUCAGUUCGCAAGUCAUGAAGCAUAGCCGUGCUAGUGAAGCAGAACUUUUUACCACCGAUAACCAAGGAUACCAACUCUCCUUGCUCGUAUCACGCGCAGCCAUCAAAUUUAUGGCUAAGGAUUUGUUUGCGGUGACUAGCGUACUACGAGGAGAACAGAAUCUCCCACGCAAUUAUCAACCCUGCCCAAAUGAUAUAGAUUACAUCAUUCAACUCGACGCGCAUGAAUUUGCCCAGUCAAUGAGAACUGGAUCUGGCCAGCAAAGCGAUGCACCAGAGCAUGUUCUAUCUGUAGCAGCCUAUCUGGGGGAUGUUUCCCUGGUUGAAAAUCACCUUGCACAGGGCGUGGAUUUAAAGGUGCGAAGCAAUAUCUUUGGUCCCCCAUUGCGGAAUGCUGCGCUGGGAGGUCAUUUGGAAAUUUUAAGGGCUCUCCUCGACAAAGGGGCCAAUGCGGACAGUGGGUGCCUUCCCGGAACUGAAGAAGGCUGGCAGGUGGUUAAGGGACAGCAUCAUGAGAAGACUUCUUUUGAAAAAUGGAUUCCUAAUACCACCGAUCUUCCUUCUACUGCAGUCGAAGCUGCGGCUCGAAACGGACACAGAGAGGUCCUGCAACUUCUUCUAAAACCAGAAUUUGGCAUUCCGAGAUCAUCUUAUAGCUAUUUAAUGUCAAUUACCUUUGCUGCUAUAGGAGGAGAUGCUGAAAUGAUUCGCAUUCUCGCUGAGACUGCGGACUAUAGUGCUAUUUCAAAGAAGUCACUUCAGGAACUGUGGUACAUUUCGCUCCGCCAUGCAGCAUCCUCAGAUCUACUUGAUAGAAGUACGCCAUUAGGGCGCGCCGCUUUCAAUGGCCGUAACGAAGCGAUAGCACUUUUACUGCAAAAAGGGGCUGAUAUCAACGGUGGGCGUCUCCAUCCACUUUAUCUGGCGAUUAAGAUGGGAUUUCGUCGGACUGUGGAGUUACUGUUAGACCACGGAGUGGAAGUCAAAUCCAAAUUUUUGACAGAUGCAGUCCGGUAUAACCACACAGAUAUCAUCCAGCUUUUCUUUGAAAGGGGUAUGUGUGAUAUGCCUGAUAGCUUCAAGAAUUGAGAAUGUGAUAUGCACCGUCUGGAAAAGCUGUUGGGUUUAUGUGCGCUGAAAGUGCUAUAGAGAAAAGGUCUCAAUCGAGGUACGCAUGAGCAAUUAAAAUGAGAUUGUGGUAUGACUUUUCAUUAUCGGAAAGCAAUAGGUGAAUAUUCAUCUUUCCAAGUCAGAUGCGGUAAUAGUCUAGUCUGUUGGUUGAAACCAUUGAAUUUAUAUAUUUGCAUAUGGGAUACUUAAAAAAGGGUUUAUAGUAUGAUCUGCUCUAUUCUCAUACUUACCUAUUGUAGAAUCACGUGAUCAUAGGCACCUCCGCCGCCCUCUACUCGACAACGACCGCGACGACAUCAGACGAUUCUCUUUAACAACUACUAAUUUACCAGUGGACGACCACGAACGAGUUUUCGC